AUGUACUUUGACUUUAAUAUUCCAUACAAUGAACGUACUCAAGUAGAAAAUAUCCUCGCAAGGAUUCAGUCAUCUCAGAAUGCAACGAUCGCGUUGAGUAUCACCAGCAACGAACCUCUUACCUCCAAUUCAGUACAGUCCAUCGAACCCAUAGCAACCGAUCGAUUUCCCAACAUUAAACAACUCAAGCGUGUUACCAUCCAAGUCACUGAUCCAAAACAGAACUAUCAAUUGAUGACCAACAAUAUAGCCAAUAAGAAUGUGGAUAUCUUAGCUGUACGACCCAUGACAUUGGAGGCCACCAAACACGCCUGUCAAACCUACGACGCCGAUAUUAUCUCCCUCGAUUUUCAUGCAAAGCACGUAGUACCCAAUCACGCAACUGCACAAUUAGCUAUUCAACGUGGCAUGUUUUUUGAGGUUUGUUACGCCCCAGCAUUUCGAACUGCACACCAUAGGAACACCUUCUUUUCAAAUGUCAAGAGAUUGGUUGAAGUUACACGAGGGGAUAACAUCAUCUUUUCAAGCGAUGCAUUGCAAGCUCUUGAACUACGUAGCGCAAAUGAUAUGAAGAUGUUUGGUCAAUUACUUGGCAUGUCCCAUACCCAAGUUGAAGCAGCUGUCAGCCAAAACUGUCAACGUUUGUUGCUAAAAGCAGAAACACGACAAAGCACACUCAACGCUGCUAUUCGUAUGGAUUUCAUUGUCCCCGAACCAGAAAAUCAAUCAAACAAACGCAAAGUAGAUCAGAAUGAAAGCAGCCAACCCAAUCAGAAAAAGAAAAAGAAAAACAAAGCAAAGAACAAUAAAGCUGUGUAG